CAAGCCGCGAGCGGUCCCAUUGUUUGCAGGACCAGCAGCAGCGAUGGCCGAGCGAUCGACGAUCCACUUUGGCGCGCUCUCUGCGAGCAGCAUCGUCGGCGCAGGCUCUAGCUCCGUUCAGGCCGGUAUCCGUGCGGGUAACAUCAACACGGGCAACUCGGGUGAGAAGGAGGUGCUUGAGCUCUCGGAGACGAGUCGACUGGCCCAGGAGAAGCAUGCGGAGCAGCUUCGGCGGCUCGAGACGGAGCGCCGCGCGCGCUUGAUUCAAGUGCCGACGCGCACGGAAGAAGUGAUCCAGCAGCUGCGUAGCCUCGGUGAGCCCAUCACAUUGUUCGGCGAGAAGCCCGAAGAUCGCCGGGCACGUCUUCGCGACCUUCUGGGUGCCCUCCAGCUCGCGGGCGACGUCGACACGAUCGUCGCGGCGCAGGCUAAAGCGAACGCUGCUGCCUCCCAGCAAGUCGGGUACGAGAAGGAAAAGAAGGUUGCGAUCGAAGACCAGCUUUUCUACGUGCCGCUCAAGACGAAUGACCUCAAGGUCGCCCGCCACGCCAUGUUCAAGCACUCGAUGGUGAGCACGAGCGCGCGGCUCCAGCAAGAGCGCGCGCAAAUGGAAGGAACGGUCUUUGAUGCCGACAAGCACGCGGCACAGCUGUACCGCGAGGCGCAAGAGACGAGCCUGAACGCGAGUCAGCUCGCGGACGUUCGGCCGCUCUCGCAUGUCAAGUAUUCACCCGACGCGAGUCUCUUGGCGACAGGGUCGUGGAGCUCGAACGUCAAGAUCUGGGAUAGCAAGUCGUGCGACCUCGUGCACACGUUGACGGGUCACACGGAUCGCAUCACGGGCCUCGCCUGGCACCCGGCGUCGACGACGGAAAGUCCGAUCUUGGCCUCGGGCGCGGCCGAUGGCACGGCCAAGAUCUGGAAAGGCAACGCGCUGGCCAUGACGCUCAAGGGGCACCAGAACCGGCUGGGCCAAAUCGCGUUUCAUCCGCUCGGCUCGUACCUCGCGACAACGAGUUUCGACCACUCGUGGCGGCUCUGGGACAUUGAGCGGGGCACAGAGCUCCUCUUCCAGGAAGGCCACUACCGCGAAGUCUAUGCGAUCGCGGCGCAGCCCGACGGCGCGCUCAUGGCGACAGGGGACCUCAAUGGCCUCGGCCGCAUCUGGGACAUUCGGUCGGGGAAAGCGAUCUUGCCGCUCCAGGGCCACGCCAAGCAGAUCGUGUCCAUGAGCUGGCACCCCAACGGCCACGUGCUCGCGACGGGCAGUGACGACCACACGAUCCGCGUCUGGGAUCUUCGCAAGCGCCAAAACAUCUACGUCGUGCCGGCCCACGAUGCGAUGGUGUCCACUGUGUGCUACUCGUCGUCGGGCGAGGUGCUCGCGUCGGCGUCGUUUGAUGGGUCCAUGAAGCUGUGGCGGUCGCGCAACUGGACCUGCCUUGCCGUGCUGAAAGGCCAUGACGGCAAGGUCAUGUCGCUCGACAUGGCGCCAGACGAGACGCACUACGUCUCGGCGGGCUGGGACCGCACCUUCAAGACCUGGGCGCCGGCCCGCGAGUGCUAAUGUAAUCAAUCCUGCUUCU